UUUUCUGGACGGGAUAAGAGGGGACGAAGGGUAAUGGGUGUAGUUGCUGAUGGAGCACUGUCAAGUUUAACAUUGGCCGACCCCUAUCUCACCUUUAAAAUACCGGAUUCUUGGAGUAUGGAAGAUGCUGCCACUGUACCUCUCGUGUAUACAAGCCUUUUAUACGCCUUAGUAAUUCUGGGGCAAAUGAGAGCAGGGGAAACGAUUUUAGUCCAUUCAGGAGCUACGGAAUUUGGACAAGCCGCCAUACGUCUCUCUCUAUAUUACGGCGGUGUUGUGUACACCACUGUUGACAAUCCAAGCGAGCGUCAGUUUCUAAAAAGCACAUUUCCUCAGUUGAAAGACUCCGAUAUUGGUAAUUCCUUCGAGGAAUGGUCGGAUCAACUGAUACACCAAGCAACCGAUGGCAGAGGCGUGGACAUCGUGCUCAGCGCUAUGCCAAGCGGCAAGCUUGCUUCUUCACUGAACUGUCUUGCCCGUGGAGGAAGAGUUUUACAACUAAUCAGGGAGGGUAUAUCGAAUAACAGUCACAUCGAUUUACUUCUUUUUAAAAACGAAGGCAGUUUUCACGGUGUUGCAGUUGGUCAACUUUUAAAGGGAACACCCCGUGCUCGAGCAGAGGUGGGCAAAUUAUUUGCAGAGGCGCUCGAAGAUGACGCUGUCCAGCCUUUAAUAAGAAACGUCUUCAAAUAUGACGAGAUUGAACAAGCAUUUAGGUUUGCCGAUACAAACCGUUCCGGUAAAGUUCUGGUCAAGGUACGAGAACCUGAAGAGCAUCUCGUGGCGCUGCCUCGUACACAAAAAUUCUCCGCUACAAUGAGAUAUUUUUGCGAUCCAGAAAAGACAUACGUGAUCAUAGGAGGCUUGGGGGGAUUCGGUUUGGAACUGGCUGAUUGGUUGGUACUCAGAGGAGCACGGAAAUUGGUACUGAAUUCGAGAAAAGGUAUAAGUAACGGCUACCAGGAGAAGAGAAUUAGAACAUGGCAGUCAUACGGAGCUUUAGUGACAGUAUCUACAGAUGCAGUGACAACUAAAAGUGGUUGCAAAAGAUUGAUCGAAAGGUCCUUGCAGUUAGGUCGAAUAGAAGCGGUUUUCAACCUGGCUUUGGUUUUACAGAACUCCCUCUUUGAAAAUCAGACUACGGAAAGUUUUUAUACAUGUUUUGCUCCUAAAGCAAUAGCCACGGAGUAUCUGGAUGAAUUGACUAGGGAAAUGUGUCCCGAUCUAAAGCAGUUUGUUAUAUUCUCAUCCGUUUCUUGCGGACGGGGUAGCAAUGGGCAGACAAAUUAUGGUAUGGCAAAUUCCGUAAUGGAGAAGAUUUGCGAGAAAAGGAAGCAGGAUGGAUAUCCAGCACUUGCAAUCGAAUGGGGCCUUAUUGGAGAGGUUGGCAUCGUUGCAGAAACAUUGGAAAUUACCGAAAUAAAUGGUGCCUUACUGCAAAGCAUUUCGAGCUGUCUUCAAGCCAUGGAUAUUUUUCUUAGACAGGAGGAGGCCACUAUUGUAUCUAGCUUUGUGGUAGCAGAGAAACAUGGAGAAAAUACAACUCAUAAUGUCGUCGACGCGGUUCUCAAUAUUUUAGGUGUAAAAGAUGUCAAAUCCGUAAGUCUCCACUCGACAUUAUCGGAAUUUGGUGUGGAAUCUAUGACGGCAACAGAAAUCAGACAAAUGCUGGAAAAAGAAUUUGAAGUUUACCUCUCAGCAAAAGAAAUCACUACGAUUACAUUAUUGAGGCUAAAAGAAAUUGAAGAAGAAAAACAUGAAGUAGGAACAUCAUAAUAAUGCACGAGCAACUUGGAAUGGUGUCUACAAUUUGUCAGCGAAAAGUUUUAACUUGUAUUUCUGAGAAAAAUAUGAAAGUUUAAUAAAUUAAUCUGAUAUAAAAACCA